AUGGACGCCACGACGUUCUUCGCGUCCGUCGGAGGAGACGCCUUCUCUGCCAAGCGAGUCUCGCCGGAUGCGCACCGCUACGAGAUCGUCCCGCGCCGCGGCCAGAAGGAGUUCUCCGUCGCAGUCGCGUAUUCGCCGGGGGCAGUCCAGGCAGUAUCGGGCGUGAAGGAGAUCCAGCGCGAGUCCCAGCAGGCUUGGGAGGACUUCUGGUCCAAUCACGGUUUCGUGGACGUUUUGACGGGAUCCACUGAUGCCCGCGCGGAGGAGCUGCAACGGCGCAUCAUCCUGUCGCAGUAUCUGUUGCGAGUGAACGAGGCGGGUGAUUAUCCUCCGCAAGAGUCCGGCCUAGUCAACAACGGAUGGUAUGGCAAGUUCCACAUGGAGAUGUUCUUCUGGCACAGUGCGCACUGGGCGCUCUGGAACAACUGGGACCUCCUCAACCGCGCUAGCAGCGUUUACUCCCGGUUCCUCCCCACCGCGAUCCAACGCGCUCAAGUCCAGCAAGGCUAUUCCACUGGAGCGCGCUGGUCCAAAAUGACCGAUCCAGCUGGACGGUCAGCCCCGGGGGAGAUCAACGAACUGCUGAUAUGGGAACAGCCACACUCACUCGUGUUCGCCGAGUAUGAAUUUCGCGCGACCGGAUCGAAGGCGACGCUGGAGAAGUGGCACGAUGUGGUACGUGCGACGGCGGAUUGGAUGGCGGUCUAUGCCCACCGGAACGCGAGCACCGACUUCUUCGACCUAGGCCCACCAAUGUACAUCGUGAGCGAAGACACGAGCCCGAACGUGACGCGCAACCCGGCGUUUGAGUUGGCGUACUGGCGUUUCGGUCUAGACCACGCGAGCACUUGGAUGGAAAGAAUGGGAGAAGCGGUGCCGGCCGAGUGGACGGAGGUGAAGGACAACCUGGCCCCGCUCCCGAUCGAAGACGAACUGUACGCGGUUUACGAGGGGAUCCCGAGUGACUUUUGGGAUACGCCGACGUUCACCAACGACCACCCCGCCAUGGUGGGCCUGUACGGAUGGCUGCCGCAGACCGCGAAUGUAAGUUUGCAUAUGGCCAAGGCGACGGCGGAGAAGAUUUGGACGAGCUGGAACAUCAGCAACUGCUGGGGAUGGGACUUCCCCAUGCUGGCGAUGUCCGCAGCGCGCAACGGAGAGACGGAGAAGGCGAUAGAAUGGCUGCUCCACCCGCUGUUCGAAUUCGACGACGUCGGGAUGCCCGUGGGCGGCGUGCGCGUUCCGACUCCGUAUUUCCCGGGUUCCGGUUCGCUGCUGUACGCGAUGGCGAUGAUGGCUGAGGGGUGGGAUGGUAGUAAAAAUGCUGCACCAGGAUUCCCGGAAGCGGGGUGGGAGGUACGCACGGAGGGUAUGAGCAAGGCGAUGUGA